UACAUUCACAGUGAGUGAUAAUUCGGCGCGUCCUAAUUCAGCUUGCUGUUUUUCUUUCUAAUUUAUGAAUAAAGUGAUAUACGUCUAGCCAUGGCGGACAAACUGACUCUUGAUAGACAUGCUAUGAAAGAUAGGUCUACAUCCCAUCUUCGUAUAUACGUCGGAGGAAUAACCGAAAAUGCAACAGUCGACGAUAUGUACGACCACUUCAUCCAGUACGGGCAGAUUAACGGCAUUGUCGUGAAUCGGAACUUCGGUUUCGUGCAGUUUGAGACAGAGGCCAGUGCGAAGCAAGCUAUCGCUAGUGCUGAUGGGAGCAUCUUUAUGGGGAAGAAUAUUAAUGUGAGGACUGCUCAAACCAAUCCGGAUAAAGCAAGACCUACAGAAGUAGUUAUAGUGGAACCUGAAGUUCCCCCAGCCGUGGCACUCAAUGAUAACUUACCAGCGGACAAUGAUGGCGGAGAGGAGCCCUAUGACAGCUAUGGCAACUACAUAGGGGACCAGAGCCACGGUCAAGGCAACUACAGAGACAGAGAGGAUGAGUACGAAGACAAUAACUACAGCAACCAGAGUUGGAGCGAGACCCGCGGCGGGCGCGGACGAGGAGGCCCGGGGGGGCCGCGAGGCCGAGGGCGAGGCCGCGGACGCGGACACGGCGCGGCCGGCGCGCCCUACAGGGACAGGGAGGAGGCUCCGCCGAGGAGAGGAGGCGAGUGGGGCGAGCAGCGCGGGUUCUCGCGCGAGCGCUACGCGCCGCCGCCCGAGUACCCGCGCGCCGUGCCCGUGAGCGAGCGCAACGACUGCGAGAUCAUCGUCGUCUCCAAGGCUCUCACUGAAUACGCGGAAUACAUCGAAGGACGCCUGAAGCGUCUUGGCAUCGUGGUGGACCUCUUGUUCCCAAUGGAGGACGUGCCCAUCGGCAAGGUGCUCGGCAACAUAGCGUCGCGCGGCUGCCUCUACGCGAUCCUCGUGAUGCCGCAGAACCAGGAGAACCGCUCGCUCACGCUCACCAUACUGCACGGGUUGCCACAGGAACACCGCAACAUGCCGAUAGAGGACGCCCUGCAGCUGCUAUCGCGGAACUUCCAGGAGGUGCAGCGCGGCGGGCCGAGCGGGCGCGAGGCUGUUUACGCACUGCUAGGGCAGCUGGCCGACGGACGGAGUUUGACCGUCAUGCAGUAUGAGAAGGUCAUCGAGUACUUGCAGGAACGCAAAGAGCAACAAGUCAAAAUCGAGCUAGGCGAGCCCCUCGCGCCGGCGGCCAACAACAAGACGGAGACAGAUCUGCAGCAGCGCAUCCUCAGCAUCCUCAACGACAAGGUGGCCGCCGAGCCCGCCACCCCCGCCGCCGCCGCCCCCUCCCCCGCCGCCGCCCAGAACAAGCUCUUCAACGACCCCACUGUCAGGAAAGCGCUAGAUUCCAUCUUGCAGAAGUUUACGUAGAUUUAAUGAUUUAGGAAUUGUGUAAACGAAUUUUGAAUAGGACAAGGAGUAGAUUUAAACUGCGUGCUCCUAAAGCACCUAAGCUGACAUCUAAAGACUCAACUAACACCAUAGAUGAAUAUAGUAAGACAACAGUGCUCACUCCUUACAUCAGUCUUGAUACCAGAAAUACUAUUAUUUUCAUAGUCGACAUCUAGCAUCGAGUAACGGAAUUAUCAGUACUGCUACUUGACAAUAUAUGUAGGUACUGUAGGUAGCACCGACCGGAAGUUGUUGAGCAUUAGACUUUCCGGUCGGUGCUACAUCUAUUGUCAAGUAGCAGUACUGAUAAUUCCACUACUCGAUGCUAGAUGUCGACUAUGAAAAUAAUAGUCUUUUUGGUACCAAAACUGAUGUAUGGAGUGCACAAUUCAAUAACAAAACAAAAGCUGGUACAAACCGCAACACUCUUGUUCAACUUCUUCUCUUCUUCAACUGUCCAUGGGUGGACCUUAUGUCUAUUGUGAUAAGGUUUACGAACUGUCAGUUAACAGUGUGGGCGAUGGUACAGCUACAUUAUUACAUUUGCUGUUGAGUUUGAGUGUUGUCUAUGAUUACUAUGUGGGCGUAGGUGCACUGGGGAAAAGGGCGCAGUUUAAAAAUAUUUAUCUCUGCUGCGACAGACGUAAUGCAAAAAAUUUUAGACGACGGUUCGACGAUAUACGACGCCGCCGUACAUAAUAUUUAAUUUUGUGUUAACCGGAUUUCAAACGCGCAAACGCUUAAAAACCUAGCAACCCAUGUACGUUGGGUUAGUAAGUACAAUAUAUUUUGCGCUAAUUAAUGCGACUUAGUAUUUAUUGUGUAUGUUCUGAAUAAGUUAAUAUCGUCGAGAUCUGGGUCCCUUACCCCUGCUGACAAACUAGUCUAAAACGUCAAUUUUGUAUUCUCGAAAGUAAAGAGAAGAUUAUCUAUAUAUUUGAUUAAUAGUUUUAAUCAAUUACCAACUUCAUAUGAAGUUGGUUUAAAUUAAAAUCACAUACUUUUGUAUAUCUCUUGAACUUACACCUUGGUUACUUUGUGAUGGUCAGUACGUAAACUUACUAAAACCAUUUACGCAAGCCCGUUAAUGAAUGGGUCACAAUGAGCAACUUUUACUAUGGCCCCGAACCCCGAACCGAAAUCGCGAAAAAAAAUUGACUCAACCAAUGAAACAACCAAAUUUUUAUUCGCGAUUUCCGGGUCCAUAGUAAAAGUUGCUCAGUGUGACCCAUUCAUUAACGGGCUUGAGUAAACGGUUUUAGUAAGUUUACAUACUGUAUACAUUGAGUGUACAUGAUCACAUUUAACAGCAUAUUAAUAGCAGCAUAUGUACCUAUCAACUUCUAUAAAUGUAUUGAAGUCAUUCGUCUUCUAUAAAUAAUUUUAUACUUGUAAUUGGAUGCGUGAAAGAGAGUUGCGACUUGAUAAAUGAAUGAUAAAUUAAGAAAAUGUCAACCAGUGUCCUGAUAAACAUCUGUCUCUAUGAUAAGUUUUUCAAUAAAAGGCACCGCAAUAUUA